AAUAUUUUGAAACGUAUUAUUUCACCUGUGGCAAUCUGUAUGUGUGUGUGUUUUUUUUUAGCGAAGAAACUGUUUUAAGGGACAUGCUGGUAGAACUUUCAAAAGGCAUCUUCAUUAUAGUCUCGUGCAUCAUGCUGGAUCCGGUGUUUUCAGUUAACAUGUGUGACAUCAAGAAGGAACUAGAGAGGGAAAAGGACCUGUGUCUGGCUCAGAUUGAGAAUAAAACAACAGGUUGUAGGAGGAUGUGGGAUAAGGUCACCUGCUGGCCCAGCGCCAAUGUCGGAGAGGUGGUCACCAUCCCUUGUCCUAAAUACUUUGCCUACUUUUCCAAAGAUUUCCACACACGUAACCUGUCAAAGACCUGCACUAAGGAUGGCUGGCCCCAGAUCAGCCAAGAUUCCGACACCCUGGACUGUGGGUUUAAUCCCAACAGCACCGUCGAUGAUGACACAUUCAACAUGGAAGAAUUCUACAGUGCAGUCAAAGUGGGCUACACCAUUGGCCACAGUGUGUCACUUAUUUCUCUGACGAUCGCAAUCAUCAUACUGUGUGUUUUUCGGAAGCUACACUGCACAAGAAACUACAUCCACAUACAUCUGUUUGUGUCAUUCAUACUGAAAGCUGUAGCUGUUUUCAUCAAGGACGUGGUUCUGUAUGAGGUCGGUGAGACAGACAACUGCCAGUCAUCUGUGGGCUGUGAAGUUGUGGUGGUCUUCUUCCAGUAUGGCGUCAUGGCAAGUUUCUUCUGGCUGCUGGUGGAGGGUCUUUAUCUGCACGCGCUGUUAGCUGUCUCCUUCUUCUCGGAGCGGAAGUACUUCUGGUGGUAUAUCUUCAUCGGCUGGGUGCCUCCAGUUAUCUUUAUCUCAGCAUGGGUGAUUACAAAGGUUUCUAUGAAUGAUCCCGGGUGCUGGGACACAAUUGAUGGCGUCUGGUGGAUCAUCAAAGCACCAAUUUUAGUAACCAUACUUGUAAACUUUUUCCUCUUCAACUGUAUAAUCCGGAUUUUGCUGCAGAAGAUGAACUGCCCAGACAUAGGAAGAAAGGAAUCCAAUCAGUACAUGAGGCUGGCUAAGUCUACAUUGUUGCUGAUACCUCUCUUUGGGAUUAACUACAUAAUUUUUGCCUUCAUCCCUGAAGAUGUCUACUCCCAAGUGAGGAUGGUCUUCGAUCUUAUUCUGGGUUCAUUUCAGGGUUCUGUCGUUGCAGUUCUGUACUGUUUUCUGAAUGGAGAGGUGCAAGGGGAGAUUAAGCGUAAGUGGAUGUUGCAACGGUUCCUGGGUGCAGCCACUAAGUACCAUCAGCCCUCCACAGGCAGUAACGGUGUCAACACUCAGACCUCCAUGUUGACCAAAAGUAGCCCGACUACACACAGAGCAUCUGCUUCUCAUGAGCUCUUCACUGACGUCUGAAUGCCAUCUGGAGAAAACUUGCCUCUUUGUAUUUAUCUAUCUUAAAAACAUGGCUUCAUUGUGCUAUUUGGUGGAGCUCAGUAUUUUCAAUUUAAUUUAAAGGCCUUGUACAUAUUUUUCAGCAAACAUGUAUAUGUCGCCAAAUAUCGUAAAAGUAAGUAUUUAAAUUUUAUUAGCCAACAAUACCACAUGGAUCAAUGGUUGUCACACUGGCAGGAGGAUCCAUCGUCAAGUAAACAGGGGGCCACAGUAAAAGAUGCAUUCAGUCCUGAAUGACAACAACCAGAUGCAUUUAAUGACAGAAUCUGUGGUUGUUUUGUCUCUUUUGUACACAUAUAAUUCAACUUGGGCUGUGUUGAUUUUAACAAUAUAUAGUGACAGAAAAGAGCCAGAGACUCUCUCAGACUCUGAGACAUUGAUGAGAAUGACUUUUAUUGCACUACAAACAUGGCUGCCAGUUGUGACUCAGCAUUUCUGAGGGGAAAAAAGAUGGUUAACUUAUUGUUAAUACAAAGAUAUUUUUAAUAGAAAAAGGAGACAGUAUAGGAUGUGGUGAAAGCUCUGUAACUACACAGUAGUUUUACUUCCUGAUAUCCUCUGCCAGAUAUUGAGUAUUACACACACAUUUAUGUGUUUCACCCACACACAUAUGAGGGAGAAAUGCUUAAGCCUGAUUUAUGCUUCUCUGUCUCUCUGCCAUAUGUGUCGCUGCAUACCCUCUCUGAGCCCCUCUCCAUAGCCUGACGUGCACCUCCCAAAAUUUUAAACAAUACAUUUAAACUACACAAAAUGACGGAGAUUGCAAGGGCUCUGAUUGGUCAUUUUUGCAGUUUCACUCCUUCCUCUCCUGUCAUAUUUAAAAGUUUUUACAGUCUGCACGCUGAUUACAU